GACAGGUUUAUCAAAACAACGCGAACUGAAGAGUGAACAACUGUCGCGCAACAAUGACGUCAUACUUACGCAACAGGGUUACGACAAUAUUCCGCGCCUUCCAAUGCUAAUUCCAUGUGAAUGUCGCCGGGUCUGAAAUUUUGACACAGAAAUUGACAAGAGCUGCUCGGCCAAUAUGUGGAUGCCAAAUCUUGAUUUCUAGUCACUCAGUUGCAUCACUGAAGAUGGCCAGCAGGUUUUUGAGCCGGUGCACUCGCCUUUUGGCCAUAUGCCCUCAGGCCUCUUCAUCCGCCAGCCGUCUUCAUACGCUCACAACUCACCCACUCACAGAGUAUCCACCCUGGUCCCAGUCCCUAAUCCUGCCCUCCAUCAGGCACGUGAGUCUGGCUGCUGGUCCAGUGCAGGCAGAUGAGCCAAACAUCACAUUUACACGCACAGAACUGGAUAUUCGUGUCGAGAAAGCGACCACACCACAGGAAGUGUUGUCUUUGUGGGCGGAACAAGGCGGCUCUGCUAAUCAAGCGGGCAUGUGUCUGGUCCAACUGAGCCGAUUAGCAGUGGAAAAGAAAGAUAUCGACAGGGCGAAUAUCCUUCAGGACCCUCGCUGUGCGGAUCUGCUAGAGGCUUUGAACUCUCAGGUGAACGGUGUCUGGAAUGGCACACUGGUUUCUGUCUUGCGUGCUCUCUCCAUUCUUGGUGUCCCUUCCACCGCUGCAGUGAUGAGUUCUCUCCAGACGGAGGCACUGUGGAGGCUCCGACGCUUCAACUACCGCCACCUUUCCUCUCUGGCGGACUGGGCGUCAGGCUGGAAGAGUCAGGGACAGGGAGAUGAGCUACUGACGUCUGUGCUGAAGCAACUGGAGCUGCGCUGGACAGAGCUGAAUGACCCACGUACAGUCACCAUGCUUAUGACCCGAGCCGCAAGACUCUCCCCUCCGCUCAUGGAAAAGCUGGAAGAUAAGGCCCUGGAGUUGGCUGAGAAGUUCAGCAGCGAGGACAUCCGCAGGGCGACGUUAGCCGUGGCAUUGCAGGGCCGCCGAUCGGUGCCACUCUUGCGUGCUCUGUCCUACCACCUGCACCAGAAACCAUCUUCUGAACUCAGUACACCACUGCUGCUGGACAUUGUGUUUGCAUAUGGUAAGCUGCAUUUCCACCAGACUCAAGUGUGCCAGAGAAUGGCUGCUGAGCUUUUGCCCAGAUUACCAGAGAUGAGCUCCACUGAUGUCAUGCGCUGUUCAAAGUCUCUAGCCUUCCUGAAGUGGCUCCACCUGCCUUUGUUCGAGGGAUUUACCCAGCACUUCGUGAAAAACAGUGAAAAGUACAGCACGUUACAGAUGUGUAACCUCCUCAUGUCCUUCGCCAAGCUCAACUUCCAGCCCAGUAACAAGGAGCCAUUUUUCAUGAAGGUUCAUGAAGCUUUGGAAAGUUCCUGGCAGAGCUUGGAACCUUUUGUACUGACUGAUGUAGUUUGGGCUCUCUGCGUGUUCCAGCAGGCCAAACCCGAGUUUAUUGCAGCUGUUACAAAUCCUGAGUUUCAGAGCAAAGUUACAGGUGGCAGUGGUGCUCGUGCAGAGAACUACACACUGAAGGUGCUUCAUAUUGCUGCCUCGGGACAGCUAGAAUCUGGCAUCCAAAACACUGUGCCCCUUCCAGCAGUCCUUGAAAAGCACGACAAGCCCAGCCUAACACCCGUUCAGAGCACCCUACACAAAGCCCUCCAGAUCCUCACCGAAAAUCGCACCAAAGCCCUGCGCAAAGACAUCAGCACGAUGUAUGGGUGGAAUAUAGAUGCAGAAAUGGUGGUGGAUUCAGAGAAUAAGCCCAUAGACCUGGAGAACCUGGAGGCACCACAUUUACCUGGAGGGGGCGGCACAGAGCGCUUACCUCAGGGAGCACGAAGGUUGGCUUUCAUGGCUUGGGAGUUCCCUCAUUUUACCUCCAGGAGCAAAGAUCUCCUGGGCCGCUUCGCCAUGCAGAAGCGCCACCUGCAGCUGGCCGGGUUUCUGGUAGUGGAGGUUCCAUACUUCGAGUGGCUAGAGUUGAAGACUGAUUGGCAGCGAGUGUCCUAUCUGAAGGAUAAGAUCGGGAAGGCUGUAGCUGAGGACAUGGCUAAGUGAGCUUCUGGACUGCAGCACAUCCAGAAGAGACCACAGACCAAAGCAGAACUUCAGAAUCAAACAGCAGGGCAAAUAAAUUUGGCUACAGAGUUGUUUACAUCCAACCAGAGAAUGAAGAUCAUAAAACAUUAGUUUAUUCACCCAUAAUAAAUGUUCAUGGACAUGGAUCUUCAGGAUCUUCCUGCUGAAAUGAUAUAACACUGAACACUCUUCUUAACUCAUCGCUAAAUAAUAAUUAUGAUGCCACAAAAUGAUUUUAUUAUGAAUAUCAGAGGUCCCAAGGGUUCCAAGGUAUUACUAGAAUUCUGUAUACUGCUAUGUGAAAAUCUGCUUGAUAUCAAGCUCAUUUCUAAAAAUGUAGAUUUGUUUCAAGCUGUAAUUGAAACCAAUCAGUUUUUUUCAGGUGUAUACAUCUUUACCUGGUCAUUAUACAAAUUAAUCCUGGUUGUGUCCUUUACGUUUUUUUAUUUUAUAUGUAUACAAAUCAGAAGAACAAAUUCAGCUUCUAGCAUCAUACUCCGAUAAACAGACUUUAUACUGGUCAUAAUAACCAGCCAGACAAAACAAUCAGUUCUAAAAACUGUAAAGGAUGUCUCCUUGGAGAACUCAUUCCACGAAUAAUAAACUCCCACUUACCAGUUGUGAUGUGGUUGCCUAGACAACAGGAUAGGGCUUUCCUUGUUGCCAAGGAGACAGUCGAUGAGGCUGCUUAAAACUGAAUGGGGUGUGCUCAGAUCUAAGAGUUUGAAACAUUUAAAAACAUGUUGUUGUUUUUUUACACAUGAAAUGUAUGAUUCAGUCAUCAUUGUGAAGGACAGCAUAUGGACAGAAUAAAAUGUUAUUUAAACUAUUGAA